AUGUCUUUGGGAGGUCAGCGUAUCGAGUCGAGCUUAGAGUCUGGGUCCGUGUCGGACCAAGAGGUUUCUGUGAACAAUAGCUCUUCUCCUGAGGCGCAGUCGAGGUCCGAAAGUCAAUCGGACCGAGAAGAAUCGCCACUUGUGGAAUUGGCUGAUCGACUUCGUCCUGAUGGUGCUUCCUCGCAGCGCGAGGCCUCGAAUCUUCAAGUGGUCGAAGUUGACGAAGAUUCUCGUGAAGGAGAUGCUGUUGAGCAAGCUGAAGACGGGGUCGAUGAGGAAGAUAACGAGGAGGAAGGCGAGCAAACCAAACCUCGAAAGAAGAGUUCCAAACGAAAGGGGAACAUCAAGAACCGAUUAGUGGACAUUCGAUCUCGAAUGACACCGGAGCGCCUCGAAGAAAUGCGGGCGCUUUACGGCUUUUGCUGCGAGCUUAGAUCGCCAGGUCCCGAUGAUCGUGCAUGGCUAGCCCCGGUCGGCUGGGUCACGUUGUACGAGGCCUGGUUCAGCAUGUGUCACCUCUGGGUUCCGUUGCCGAGGCUGUUGACGGAUUACGCAGACCGGCGAUGCAUCGCUCUCUCGCAGAUUCUUCCGGCAGGAAUACGAUAUAUGGUCCCAGCUCUCCUAUUUGGGAGUGAAGUCGGGGUUAACGUCGACUGGCGCUUCUUCGAAGAGAUGACCACUGUUCAGAGGAACAACUCGAUCCCAGGCACUUAUACCAUUAAAGCCGGGAAAAACUGUUCUCUUAUUUACCCCGUGAAUAAGACAUCGAACUGGGAGGCGUCUUUCUUCUAUGCCAAGGUCGAUGAGUCGUUAGUCGUUGACACGGCUAGAAAUUUUAGGAACGAAUGGAGCCAGAGAAUUGAUCGAAACGUUAACCUCGACGCUUAUCCGGAAGAUUACUUUGAGAACCUCCAAAAGCUCAGAUCCGUUGGCAUUCAGAGGUGGCCUGACAUUCAUCGUCGGAGAGUCGAGGCUGCCAUCAACCGCAUCACUAACGCUAGUUGGAGGAGGGAGAAUAAUUUGCGAGAAAGAGCGAUUGCAAUGGCUCCGAUUCAAGUUAACGCGCCCAGCCUCGCUGCACGUCUAAAGGCCCAAAAGAGCGGGAGUAAGGAUCGGGGUCCUUCUGCUUCUCGGCCUGCACGCUCGGAGCCAGUGCCGGCCCAAGAAGAGGUUGAGGUCGAUCCUCAACCCGUUGCCGAAGACGCGGUCGAAGCUCAGAGUGCUGAAGACCAAGUGGAAGCUCGGCAACCGGAUGAUGAAGCCGACGAAGCCACACAGUCAGAAGAAGCCGAGACUGCUCGCCUCGCCGAGAAGAAGGAGGUUGCCGAGGCUAAGGCGAAAGGGAAAAAGAAGAAAACUUCCGGGGACGGCGAUGAUGGCGGACAAAUUGGAGCGGAGGCUACGAGCAAACGGCCUAGGGUCGAUCCACCUGGUACUGACAAGGCCAAAGAGAUCGAUUGGAGCUUUUCGUUCGAGUACCCCGAGUCGAACGAACCGUUUGUCAACAAUGUUGACAAAUGUGGAGAGCUGUUCGGGAUGAUAAGGGGCUCCAUUUCCGAGGUCCCCUCUGGAACCGAUGGGGCUUUCAAAGAUAUGGCGAGCUUCGCCUUCAAGUUCAUCGCGAGCUGCAACCGUGCGCGGGGUCAGUACAUGCGCUGGCUCCAGAAUGGUGCCGCUCGGCUAAAGGAUGCCCAGGCUGCUGGCGAAAAGGCAGUGAAAGAGCGUGACGCCGCCAUUGAGGAGCGAAGGGUCGCCGAGGACAAUUGGCAGACCAUGAAAAGGAAGGCGGAGCAGCUCGAUGUAGGGGUUAAAGAGGUAACCGACAAGAUCGAGGCGAUGAAGCAAGAGAACCUCGAUUUAGUGAAUAACCUGCAGAUCGUCAAUGAGGCCAAGAUCCAGGUCGAGAACUCGGUCGCCACUGAGGUCGUCCGGGCACAGCGACAAGCUGAUGAGAGAAUCGAGGCGGAGACGACCCGAAUUUGGGCGGAUACCGAGGAGGCGAUCGAGAAGGUUAAGCUCGAUCUAGUUCAGGCUCGAGGUACAUUGGAAUGCCUCGAUCUCUUAAAAGAGCAAGAGAUGUCUGAGGCUGAGUUGAGAGCCGAGCUGGAAUCGUCGAAGCGCGAUUGCAAACAGAAGCUCGAGAACCUCAGCUUCACAGAUCUGGAAGAAGGCGACUUGCCUCCGCCUUACCCUGAAACUCCAGAUGGUGGUUCGGAUCGAGAUGAUGCCGAAGAAGAAGAGAACCACGAGGGCGGUAAUGAGCCUGAAGAAUAG